AUGGUCGACGGCUGGUCGGAGCGAUCAGUAGUCACUAAAGAAAGUGUUUUGAAGGUAUGUUUAGGUAUAUAUUGUAGUUAAAACGUUGAUUGUGAUUUGUCAGUUGUCUUUUUAAUGUAGUGUUGUUACUUUUUUGUUUUUUUUUGUAAUUUUGACAUUUUAGCUUUUACUGAGUGCUAUUACACUCGUUUUCCAAGAUCUUGAAGGUAGAUACCCUGGACAUGCUCUGGAAGCGACGUUGAAAUACCGCGAAGUUUAUGGUAAGAAAUAAAGAGGCCGUAAACUUAGUUACCAUAUUUAUUUAUUUAUUUUUCCAAAUUUCACUCGUAAAGUCAUAAUAUAACAUAAAAUCAUAAUAUAAUAUAAAAUAUAAAUUUUUAACGAUAAAUGACAGUACAGUGUUGAUAUGAUUAUAUAGGAAAAAUGAUAUUUAUACUUUUUGUUUAGGACUACUGUGUAGUACUAUUUAGUCCAUUUUCAUUUGUCGUAUAGUACUAGUUGAUCACUUUUUAACUAUUUUAGUGCUGGACAGUUCGAUCGUCUUUGAAUAUAAUGCUAAGUUCACAUACAAAGACAGCAAAGUAUCGUGGGAAUGGCAGAAUCCAAUGUAUGUUAAAUUCCUUAUAUUACAGUCAGGGACGUCGCUACAGAUUUUCUCUGGGGGAGGGGGAGGCCGAAAAAAUUUUUUUCGUCCACAGGUAGCUGCUACCUGUGGACCGAUUUUCCAAAAAAAAUUUUUUUUUCGUUUUUUUGCGUACAGGUACCUACCUGUGGAAUUUUUUUCGGAUCGGCUCUGGGGGAGGGAGUACCCCCCCCUCCCCCUCCCCCAAACUACGUCCCUGAUUACAGUAGUUUUUUAUUUUUUGGUGGAUUUUGUGGAUAAUAUUAUGUGUUUUGUUUAGAGUAUUGAUCCGAUCAGAAGAUACUUCAACAACGGACAUUACAAGCAACGGUUAUGUCUUUAGUCUUCUUGGAAUGAACGAAUACUUUGUUCGUAAGGCUCUUGACAUUAUUUAUAUGAUGUAUGAUUGUUCAUUUUUGUAACACUAAUCAUAUAUGUCAAAAUGUCUGUACGUCAUAACAAAGUUUUUUUCAGUCGGGGAUCAUUAUUACAAAACAUCUUUACUGUCCAAAAACAUGAUAGACAUGGCAAUAGAUGGAGCCAUUGAGGACAUUGAGUUUGUCACAGAUGGAUUCAAUAUGAUUUUUAAAGUAAUUCUUAAUGAUGUGUAAGAUAUAAUAGUAUACGCCGUAUUUCUCGUACGAAAAUUUUCAGAGAACAAAAACCUCUGAAUUAGCAACUUAUGACUUCACCCAUCAGUACCGAAAGAUUUGCAAUGGUGUGGAAGAGGAGCCGAUUGGAUUCGACGAAUCAACCUUCAAUCUCAUUCUCAAAGAAGGUGGUGAUUCAUAUUGCACCAUGUCCGUAUACGACUCCUGUUCCAAAAAAAUGGUCGGGAAGGACAGUAACUUGCACAAGAUCCCUCUAUACCUCGCUCGACCCGGCUCCAAACAUCUCGAGUCGCAGUGGUACACAUUGGUGUGUUUGAAUAGUUUUACAGACCCAUGUUAAUAUUCAGUAUGAUUGUUGUAACGUUGUGAUAAGAUUAUCAAAAUACUCUUACAGUUAUUCUUUGCCCAAUGUAAAUUGAUCUUUUCAGCGUCAUGUGGCCGCUUUCUCGCCAAAAUCAUACGGUCAAAUUUCUGCAGGGCAUCUGAUGAAGUUCCAAGCGAUUCCAUUGAAGAAAGAAGUCGAACUGUGCCAAGUACUUCCGCCACCGCAUUACCUACUUGACUAUUAUCCAAAUCAUAAUCCAUAUGUGCUUCGUGGUGGUUGUCAUCAUGGUAUUCGUCAUCAUAUAUGGCAAUGUGAGAGUGCUGAAGGCGUUGAAGAAGAGGUUUAUCCGCGUCAACAGAAAGAGAACCGAGAAGAAGAGGUCCAAAUCAAGCAGCGACAGUGA